GGGCCAAGCUGUGUUUUGUGCUUAUGCUCUGGCUGGAUCUGGCCAACACCGCGUGUUGAAUAGGCCCAGCUGCUGGAUCCUCCUCGGUGGACAGAGCACAAGGCUGCAUUGAGUCUCUUCUGGGACAGCGGCUGCCUGUGUGCCAUGGGCCUGCUCAGGCAUAUCGUUUGGGACGGCUGGAUGGAGCGUUCCUCCAGAGCCAGCGCUGCCGGCACCCAUCCUGCCUUCUCUCUGUCAGGCUUCCUUUGUUGCAGAGCGUUCUCAAAAGCACAGGUUACCACCAGCCCUGGGGACCGGGUGGGACUAUUUGAGGCGGCACCUAGCUGGAAAGGAAUGGGGAAAGGGGUUGCCCAGAGACCCGGGCCACCCAAUCCAGCACUGUGACUAAGAAGGGGCCUUGGAGCCUGCACGGUCUGCUCGGAAGGGAGGCGCUGCGGGGUCAGGACUGCCUCCGUUCUCUACCCGGCUGCGGCUCGUAGGGGUUUCAGAGCAGCGCGGGCUGCCUCCAGGAAGGAAAUGCCCCUCCUGGCCCAGCAGACACGCUCUCCUGCUCGCCCUGCUCAGCUAGCAGUGACCAGUGCAGUGCUCUGCAGCCAGGAUCCCUGCCGUUCCCGCUGCAGCUGAUGGAGUACUUCCCUCCCAUUGGGUCUGUUCUGCCAACGUCACCAACCAUUCUCAAAAUGCCCCAUGGGCCGUGAGCAUCGCUCAGAGCCUUAUGUGUUUCACAGGAUCACAAAGCCACUAGCUCCCUAACAGCGUGCUAAACAAGCACAAAUCGGCUCCGAACAACACACACAAGCUCAGAGGCAAAUAAAUCCUUUUAAGGCAAGAUUCGAUUAAACUAAGCCAUUUUGUCCCCAGUGUAGCCAUUCCAAGGGGAGAAGCAGCUGCGGCUGCAACCAGCCUCCCCGUGAUCCUUGCCCUUUUUUGAAACGUCCUUCCCAGCUGCUGACCAAAAUAACCUCCGUUCCUCUCCAUAUUUGUGCAAGACACCAAGAGUGCCUCGGGAGCAGGUCGGGCCUCCUCGCUGCGGCAUGCUGCUCUUAACUCCUGCAGUCACGGCGAUGCACAUCACGCAGCUCAACUGGGAGUGCCUGCUGCACAUUUUCUCCUUUCUGGACAAGAACAGCAGGAAGAGCUUGGCGCAGACGUGCCAACGGCUGCUCAGGGUGUUUCAGGACCCCUCGCUGUGGCAUCUGCUGCAGUUCCACUCGCCUGCCGAGCUCACCAAGGGUAACUUCGUGCUGGGACCAGCCUUGCGCCACCUUUCCAUCUGCUGGCAUUCCAGCCAAGUCAAAGUGUGCAACGUUGAGGACUGGAUGAAGAACACGUUACAGAAGGAUAUUUGCAACGUACACAAGCACAUAGUCAAUGACUUUUUACUCCAGGUUUGCAACAGGUGUCCAAACUUGGUGUCUUUGAAGCUCUCCGGAUGCGGCCAUGUCACCGACAGUUACAUUGCGUUGCUUCUCAAGAGGUGCUCCUGCCUCAAAACUCUUCAGCUGGAAAACUGUGUCCAGAUUACCGACCAGACGCUAGAAGCUGUAAUUCUCCAUGCCAACUCCUUACAGACUCUGCAUGUGGACUUUUGUAGGAACGUAACCCAAGCUGGUUUGCAGCAGGUCUGCAGAAAGCAUCCCUCAAUAAUUCUAAAAGCAGAAAGAAGUGCAAACAUGCUCCCAGACAAAAACCCAGGUGGCUGGGCAUCCGAGAAAGCAUUCAAGAAACUGCUGUGGCACUAGCUCAGUGCAGCUACAGCAACCAGCACAAGGUAAGAGAACUGGUACCUGGAAACUUGCCUAUAAAAACUAAAACAUGGGAAGGGCAAAGUCCCGCUCUUAAGGAUCCGGCAGUAUGACUGUCAAAAAUGGGUGAUACCAGAUUUUGGAUAUAGCUAGAAAAGUUUGAAGAGUCAGAGUUUUGAUCCAGUUUCCCAGCUCGCAAGGAAUGUUUAUGAUGAGAGGGUGCUUCAUUUUCAUAGGUCAUGCAGAGUUUUUUUAAGUAAUACCUUGCGUAACCAAAGCUUGUUCAACACGAUCAAGAAACUAUUCCCAACAAUGUGACACAAGCAAAUUAUGUUCUCUUUAUGAAAGCUUCUUUGUUCAAGUCAUGUUGGACUUUUGACCAGGUGCUGAAAUUCCAACAGGAGGAUCAUCUCCAAGCUACAAAGAACGGGGCCUGCUGCAACUCACAGUAGCUUUAACCUCGGUGCCAGUGCAUUACUUUCUUCAAGUCAUGUUGUUCAGUCAAAUGAAAGAUGCAUUUUAAGUGCAAUUAUCCCAGCUGGGUUUAUCUUAGCAGACAUCCACUGCCAGAGGUCCAGUAAUACUGUUCUGCGCUAUGAUCCAUGUUAUGGCAGAAGCCUGCCAUACCUUACUGCCACUUAACCCUUCUGGGAUGGGUAGAGAAAGAGAGCUAUCACAAGCUGUGUCUUCAUUGUUACUCCAUCCAAAAGGGCAAAACAUCUUGGAAUUCUUUCUUAGAGUGCUCUAAGUUAGAUUUUAUGUGCAGGAUUCAAGAAGGCUGAGUAGCGCCUACAUGCUCUGUAGAACUUUGUAUACUCCAAGUUGCGAGACAAAAUGCUCUUUUUUAUCGCUGUUGGAUGUUUUAUGUAGGCUCUGACGGGAAUGAGUUCCAUGCCUCCCAUGAUGUGAAUGGGUGUAAGUGGCUCCUUCCAGAUAGGGCCCUGCUCGCCGUACCUGGUUUCAACCGUUAAAAUGAUGUCGGCAAGCUAAUGGGACCAGGAGUGACUCACCCAGCUGCAGCUCCCAAAUAAAGAUAAUACGGUAAAUGGAAGCUUGGCAUGGCAAGUGGCAGUUCUCAGUCAGCUCUGCUGCAAAUACUCAAGAAUCACUGAGAAACCGCUCGUCAGUUCUUGAAUUUGCUUUAUUUUCUCUGCAUAAGGAACCCUGCACAGGCAUUUCAAAUUAAAACAAAAAUAAAUAUAUGAAUAUUCAUGUAAA